ACCGCCAUGGACUCCAGCUCGAACCUCCGUCGUGACAUGCUCAGGCCUAACGAGAACCCGAACAUUCCCUAUUCGCGCCCCGCGACUCCUCCACCCGAGCAUCCUCCAGUCCGGAUCGGAUUCUGUGGCCUCGGCGCAAUGGGCUACUUCAUGGCACGGAACCUUGCCAAUGACCGUCAUUCGCACCCCAAGGGCGCGUCUCCCCUGCUCGUCUACAACAGGACUCGCUCGAAAUCUGAGAAACUUCUUGCUGAACUUGGACCCGACAAGGUCACUAUUGCGGACAGUGCGAUGCAGAUAGCGCGUGAAUGCGAUGUUGUUCUCACUAAUCUUGCAAACGACGCGGCUGUAAAGUCUGUGUUCUCACAGUUUAAAGAGGCAUUGACAGGUUUUCAACACGACAAACCGAAAACAUUUGUCGAGACUAGUACAUGCUACCCAACACUCGCAGGCGAACUUGACGAGAUGAUAUCAGGAUUUCCGCAUACCCACCUCAUAACCUGUCCAGUAUUCGGCGCACCUGCUGCCGCUGACAAAGCGCAGCUUCUUCUCGUCAUGUCCGGAGAUUAUCGUUCAAAGAAAGAAGUAGCAUAUAUUCUGGUACCUGCUAUUGGGCGGAAAGUUAUCGACCUCGGUGGAAAUCUUGAGAAGGCACCCACCCUAAAGCUCAUUGGAAAUUCAAUGAUUCUUGGAUUUAUGGAGGUUAUGGCAGAGGCUCUCACUCUGGGCGAGAAAUCCGGAGUUACAGCACCUGCAGUCCACGGCUUAAUCAAGGAAUUGUUCCCUUCGCCCAUAACACUGAACUACGCAAACAAGAUGACGAAUGAUCUGUUCGAUGGUUCAAAGGGAUUCGCUAUUGACGGGGCAUUGAAGGAUGCCUCACAUGUCAGGUCACUUUCCACGGAAUUCAAUUCGCCGAUGCCCGUGACGGACCUUGGAUAUCAACAUAUGGUCACUGCUCGUGCACUGCAUGAAGCACAGAAAUUACAGGGCAGUAGCCAAUAUGAGGUGCUUGACUGGAGUUCGCUUGUUGCCGCACCGCGUGUAUCUGCCGGCCUAGAUGGAUUCAAUUCUGGAAAGCACCUCCAAGUAGAAAAAGAGAACUGAACCCAAGCUGUCGGAAGAUCAAUAUACUGUAAGCUUUCGGAGACUGUAAUAUUUGUCUGUAGAUCAACCGUGCAACUGUGCUCUCAGAGGGUUCGAGCAAAUACAGUAAAAUGGAUGAGCGUCAAAGUAGAUGAGCGCUUACUCGGCCUCGCUGCGUAGAUCAUUACGAAAUGAAAUGAAAUUCGGGAAG